CAGGCUCGCCGCGGGAGCAAGCCCGAAAAGAGAAGCAGAAAUUGUAGCGUUUCGUAAACCUAAGCCAGACUCCGAGAUGCCUGCCACCACCCAUGGCUCGAACCCCGAGCUUCGAUCGCCGCUGCUACCUCCGACGGACUCGAAGAAGUCUGCCGGUUAUUCCGAACCGGAGAUGGUCUCCAUUGACGAGAUGCUCCAGCGGUACUGCGGCGAGUUCGGGCCGUGGCAGCUUCGGCACUUCGUGCUCACGAGCCUCGCGUGGGCUCUCGAGGCCUUCCACACCAUGGUCAUGAUCUUCGCGGACCGCGAGCCUGAUUGGAGGUGCACCGAUGGCUCGGGCUGCGGCUCUCCGUCGACGAGCGUGUGCGGACUCGGACCCGGGUUGUGGGAGUGGGUCGGGGGCCUGGAGUCCUCAACGGUCGCAGAGUGGGGUUUGUUUUGCGGGGAGAAAUACAAGGUCGGCGUGGUCCAGGCCAUCUUCUUCGGCGGCUGCAUGAUCGGUGCUGGAAUAUUCGGUCAUCUCUCAGAUUCCUUUCUGGGAAGGAAAGGAUCUCUCACCGUGGUGUGCCUCCUCAAUACCAUCUUCGGCUGCUUGACUGCUGUCUCCCCUAACUACUGGAUCUACGUCCUCCUUCGCCUCCUCACUGGCUUCAGCACUGGCGGCGUCGGCCUCUGCGCUUUCGUCCUCGCCAACGAGCCCGUUGGCCCCACCAAGCGUGGUUCCACCGGCAUGUCCACCUUCUACUUCUUCUCCACCGGCAUCGCCCUCCUCUCCGGCAUUGCCUAUAUCUUCCCGGAAUGGCGUGCUCUCUACAUCGCCUCCUCCAUCCCCUCCUUCCUCUUCCUCGUCAUCGUUAUCCCAUUCUUAUCCGAAUCCCCAAGAUGGUACCUCGUCCGAGGAAGAAUCAACGACGCUAUGAAACUCAUGUCCGACAUCGCCACCACCAACGGGAAGGACCUCCCGGACGGCGUUAUUCUCGCGCUUGACGAAGAAACAUCACACGAUGACGUUUCCAGAGGCCAUGCUCUAACCUGCAAGGAACAACAACCGGAGACCAAAGAUGCUGUAACGGGAUCCAUCAUAGAUGUUAUUCGAUCUCCACUAACACGAAUUCGCCUAUUUCUCGCAGUGGCCAUCAACUUAUUGUGCUCUGUGGUGUACUACGGUCUGAGCUUGAAUGUCGUAAAUCUGGAAACCAACAUAUACAUGAACGUUUUGCUGAAUGCGGUAGCGGAGAUGCCGGCUUUUACGAUAACGGCGUUGAUGCUGGACAGAUAUGGGAGGAAACCUUUAGCGAUUGGGACGUUGUGGUUCAGUGGGUUCUUCUGUUUCUCGGGGAGCUUGAUGAAAAACGUGGGGUUGUGGAAAGUCGUGAGGAUGGUGUGUGGCGUCCUGGGUAUAUUUGGGAUGGCAGGAACGUAUAAUUUGCUGUUCAUAUACACGGCGGAGCUAUUUCCGACGGUGGUGAGGAACGCCGCGCUUGGAUGCGCGACGCAGGCGGCGCAAAUGGGGGCGAUACUGGCGCCGUUUGUGGUGGUUUUGGGCGGAGGGCUGCCGUUUGCGGUGUUUGCGGCGUGUGGUGUCGCGGCGGGGGUGUUAGGGUUUUACCUGCCGGAGACGAUGGACCAACCGCUCUAUGAUACGUUCACCGGAAUGGUGAACCGAGGAUGUGCCUCCACUGUGUGAAUUGUGGCGACGAUGAUACUCUUUUAUUUUCUAACUUCGCAUAUUAGUCCUUUAUUUUUGUCAAACUUUUUUGGCCUUUACUAUAUUUAGUUUUGUCCCCAAUGAUGUAUAUUAAGAAAUAAAUUUUUCUCUCUUACAAUCAAAUAUAUGGGGAAAAUGUUAUCAGAAGUCAAAAGGUUGUACUCAUCAGAUAAGAGAGUUGUUUUAACAGUGAAAAAGCUUGAUAAAAAGGUAAAUUUAUAUA